CCUGCCUCUCGCUUUAUUGAGCUGCUCGUGCCCGCGUGCCCGCCCGACCUCUCUCAUUAUUCUUAAUAUUUCUUCCAGGCAUCCCGCCCCUCGGCUAGAACAGCCUCCAGAAAAAAUGGCGGCUGUGGCGCGCAACUAUCCCCAGGAUGAUGUUCAUCCACUGCUUAGGCAUCCCCGGCCAAUCAAGAGGGAUCCUGCCAAAGCACAUCGCAUGCUCGACUUCAUCGCAGGUUCAGAGGAAGCAUUGAACAGCCUACAACGCGAAAAAUCAGUAACCACACGAUGGCUGGAACGGCCAAUGUACGAGCAACAGCAGACUUCCCAGGUAGCAGAGCAAUCAAGCCAGCCAACGGAAGAACCAGUACCAGAGGCGGUGCAAGUCCAGGAACCAUCCAAACAAGAGCCGGCUCUACACGUUGUGGAUGUUCCCCGAGAGACCCCGACCGAUGACAGCGAUUCUGAUCUCCUGGACAAAUGGACCAACCCGGACAGACCAACGUCGACUCUCAAGGCUGACACAAGUUUGAGAGUGCUACCAGACUUGGAGCCCAUGUCAAAGCUUAAUACGUGUUUUGUCAAACAACGACCACAACCACUCACACGGCCAGUGUCUUACAACUCGCAACAUCUACUUACACCAGAGUGGACCGCUUCACCGACCACCUUUAGCCCCGAAACAUCAGGCUCACGGUAUAUAUCGUCAAGUCUCGACAGUAUGGAAAAACCAAGGAGCAGCAUCUCUUCCCGGGACAGUUACGAGUGCGAGCAAGUACACCCUGCGCUACGAAACCGUCAGCCUAUGCAAGAAACAAAGGACACACAGACGGGGCGUCCCAUCUCAUACCAUCCCCAGAGUUUUACUUCGCUUGACAGUCCACCACUGAAGCAACGCCCACGUCCGACCUCUUUUGCGAACUAUCACCAGCGCGUUCGUUCCGGAACCAAGAUUGCCUCCUCACGAGGUCUACGAAACAACAGCUAUCCCGCAAAUUCUUCAAGGCCGGUAUCUGGCAUUAUCCCCAAGACAGUUGCCGGGGAGAAUAUUGAGAAUGACACCAGUUAUCAAUGCUUCGGAGAUGAUGAAGUUGGCCCUCCUACGCCCAUGAAGUCAACGACAUCAACACUCCCAUCACCAUUAGCAUUCUCAGCAACUCCCGCAAUCCCAGUCCGCAGCCCCUUUGAUUCCUUCGACAACCUCGAACAGAAGCCUAAAGAAGAGAAGCCAAAGCCAGAGAAGAAGAACAAAAACCGCUGGUCCACCAUUCCCCAAGCCUUCAAGAACUUCGGCGCACGACGCCGCGACUCCACCGCCGCCCAACAAGAGCAACCCAAAUUCGCCACCGUUGUCGACGACAUCCGCAGAAUGAAACUCACAGAGGAAAACCUACACACCUACGACUCAGAAUCCACCCGCGCCUCCGUCCUCUCCAAACGCCAAUCCGCCUUCGAUCUCGCCCCCACACCCGCAUACUCUCCCUUAAACGCUUCCACCACCCCAGCUUCUCCUCACCUCGUGCCUCUUCCCGCCCCCUUCGCCCCCUGGACCACAAACGCACCACCCAGUCCCGCAAUGACGACCGCCGACCGCCGCCGCAGCAGCGCCGCUUCACUCUCCCCCAAGCAAAAACCACUCGGUCUCGCAGUCGACAUCCCCCACCAAACCCGACCCUCAUCCAUGCACUCGUACUCUUCGCGUCCUCCCACCACCGCUACCACCUCUACUGCAGAUGUACCCCGUAUCGGCACCCCUGCUUCGCGCCGCAACACACCCGCCAUCGAACGCACCUGCAUCCUCUGUAAGACUGUAAAGUCGAAUGCAGAGUUCGUGACUCGUCGUAUCACGAAGAAUUGCUGGCAUGAACCUGCGACUUGUGUUGAGUGUCUGCAGGGCUGGGUCAUGGAGUGUGCGAGAGGCGCAAGGGGGAUUGAGGGGUGCACGUGUCCCGAGUGUGGGGAGGGCAUGGCGGGAGAGGAUGUUUUUGCUUUUACGGGGAUUGCGACGCCAUGAGUUUGGACAUGGUUUAUUCUUGUAUUUAUAUCCUCUUUUUUAUCAUUCUUUUUCAUUGCUUGAGGAGUUUAAGCAUGGGAAGAGUUCUUCAUUCUUUUUUUAUUUCUUUUGUUUGGGGGGAUGGAGCGGAAUAACGAUAAUGAACUGGAAGGGUGGGAAGGCCAUAUUGCUUGUGUCUUUUUUUUCGAGGCAUUCGUUCUUUUUUUUGUAUUAAUGUAUAAAAUUAGUAGUUUUGAUGUUCUUUUUUUUAGGGGAGUCAUAGGGUGAUAAUACUACUACUUGACGUAUGGAAACAAAUUACAUAACA